CUUCAGAUCUCUUUAAGGUUGUAAAGAAGUUUUGAGCAGCUGCAGCUUUUACUAAGGUGACCAACCCAAAAUCCUGUAUGGAGUUGGGGUUGUUUAAUGGGCAAAUUGGUUCAGUUGCAAGGAUUUCCAAAUGCAGAAUAGAAUCUGAAGUGGUACUACCUCUCAAGGUAAUGGAGCUGAUCUCUCCAGACUAGCUUUUCCAGAAACCUCUACAGGGAUGUAAUUGGUGCUGGAGGUAGAAAGAUGGGAAGUGCACACACAACAAUUUGUCUUUCAAAGAGACAGCAGCAAUGAAAGCCAGCUCUUACUCUGUGUCUCUGGGAGUGCCGGCAAUCAGCAGUUGCUACUAUCAGUGAGCUCAAGAUGUGUGACUCAGCUUACAGCAAACUAUACCUUCAACAGCAAUGGAAAGUAAUGAAUGGAAAUUAAUACAUGCCCUUGAGCCUUCAGGGAGUGUCAGCAAAUCCUAUACACCUGAGCCUGUGGGAUUUUCUACCCAGAAAGAGAGAUACAGGCAAGUGAAAGAAACUGAUAACAUUGCAAUUACUAUGGAAAAGUGGCAGGAAUCCAUUUCAAUGGCCAGAAGAGAAAUUUGGAUGAAGUGAACUAACCAAGUUGCCGUCAUGAGCAGGAGCAAGCGUGACAACAAUUUCUACAGUGUUGAAAUUGGAGACUCUACUUUCACUGUAUUGAAGCGGUAUCAGAAUUUAAAACCAAUAGGAUCAGGAGCACAAGGGAUAGUAUGUGCAGCUUAUGAUGCCAUCCUUGAGAGGAAUGUUGCAAUCAAGAAGUUAAGCCGACCGUUUCAGAACCAAACCCAUGCUAAAAGAGCCUACAGAGAGCUUGUUCUUAUGAAGUGUGUUAAUCACAAAAAUAUAAUCGGCCUACUGAAUGUGUUCACACCACAAAAAUCCCUGGAAGAGUUUCAAGAUGUCUACAUAGUGAUGGAGCUCAUGGAUGCAAAUCUCUGCCAAGUGAUUCAGAUGGAGCUAGACCAUGAACGAAUGUCCUAUCUUCUUUAUCAAAUGCUGUGUGGUAUCAAACAUCUUCAUUCAGCUGGGAUUAUUCAUAGGGAUUUAAAGCCCAGUAAUAUAGUAGUAAAGUCAGACUGCACUUUGAAGAUUCUUGACUUUGGACUGGCCAGAACUGCAGGAACUAGUUUUAUGAUGACGCCUUAUGUAGUGACUCGUUACUACAGAGCACCAGAGGUCAUCCUAGGGAUGGGAUACAAAGAAAACGUGGAUUUAUGGUCUGUGGGGUGCAUUAUGGGCGAAAUGGUUUGCCACAAAAUCCUCUUUCCAGGAAGGGACUAUAUUGAUCAAUGGAAUAAAGUUAUAGAGCAGCUAGGAACACCAUGCCCUGAAUUUAUGAAGAAAUUACAGCCUACAGUCCGAACUUAUGUGGAGAACAGACCUAAAUAUGCUGGUUAUAGUUUUGAAAAACUCUUUCCAGAUGUCCUUUUCCCAGCUGACUCCGAACACAAUAAACUUAAAGCAAGUCAAGCAAGAGAUUUGUUAUCAAAAAUGCUGGUUAUAGAUGCUUCUAAAAGAAUCUCUGUGGAUGAGGCCCUGCAGCACCCAUACAUCAAUGUUUGGUAUGAUCCAUCAGAAGCAGAAGCUCCUCCACCAAAGAUACCCGAUAAGCAGUUAGAUGAGAGGGAGCACACGAUAGAAGAGUGGAAAGAGUUGAUAUACAAAGAAGUCAUGGACCUGGAGGAGAGAACCAAGAAUGGGGUUAUACGUGGCCAACCAGCCCCUUUAGGUGCAGCAAUGAUCAAUGGCUCUCAACACCCAUCCUCAUCGUCAUCUGUCAACGAUGUGUCUUCAAUGUCAACAGAUCCAACAUUGGCCUCUGAUACAGACAGCAGUCUAGAAACCUCAGCUGGACCUCUGGGUUGCUGUAGAUGACUACUUGGUCUUUUGGGGGGUGGGAGGGGGGGUCCUUUUAGUCAUUAAUAGGGCACUUUUAAAAUAUGGUGGUAUUUUUGAGUGUUUUUUCAAAAAUAAUCAUGGAAUUCAUCAUAAAGUGCUGUAAUUUCAAACUGUAAGUUGUGUUAUAAGCAGCCACUUUUUUGCUGUAAUUAACUGUAAAAUAUUAAACCUGGUAAUUUUUAUUGUGGUUUUAAAAUCUGCAUAUUUGCUUUACUAUUAUGCUGCUGAUCUUUUUUUACUGAAUUUGUAAGAUUUGUUUUAUCAAAGCACAUAUUAAUGUCGUGGUCAUUACCAUAUGAUGAAUUAUUUAAGAUUUUAUAGGUUUUCAAUUUUUUAAUUAGGAUUUAUUCCAGAUGUUUUGUUCAUGAUAUCCUUCAAAGUUUUAUGCUUGGUCAUACAUCCGUGUCCAGGUGGAGGGGGAGAGAAUUCAGUGCAGCCAGCUGUAGUUUCAGGCGUACUACUGUGGUGCUGGGUAGUGAACAAAAUCCUCUUUUAUUUUGGCCACUUGCCUAUAAUACUUCAGCAAAAGCAACAAUUAGUGGGUUGGGUUUUUUUUUAGAUAAACAGAAAAAAUCCUUUGCAAAGUUACAUAAUCUCAAUGGGUUUAUGAACUUAAGAGAAAGCAAAUCGUAUCUUCAAAGAUGCAGAAAUAUCCAGCCUAGCACAGUAAUGUGAUGUUUUCUGCGGAGUUGUGGCAUGCCAAAUCUUGUGAUCACCAUAAAACGUGAGGAUACUUCAUGAAUAAUACAUUGCAAUGCCAAUAAACUGUUUACUUCUA